GUAUUAUGAAGUGUUACCAAAUGAGAUUACUCAUGUUGGCUGUUAAUUAUUCUCACACAACAGAUUUAUUUAUCACUUUUUGUAUUUUUUGGUUGCAAUUUAGAAAAAGGUAUAGAAAAAAGUACUGUUUGGAUGUCGGUAGUGAAUUCUAGUCUGUGCCAGCAAUGGACGCAACUUAAAGUAGCUGAAUUAAUUUAUUAGAUUAUGUAGUGUAUUAGUAUUGAGCAGGUACAGUUCAGUGUAAUGCCAAAUAAUUAUUUGAUUGUUUAUCAGAGAGAGAAAUUGAAAAAGCUUGUUGAUGCCAGUUUGUUGAUUGACUUUCAUGCAAAUUUCAAACACUGGUUUGUGCAGGUAAUCCAGACUGUAUCAUACUGUUGAAUUGGUGUUGCAAAUCUUCUAGUGUAAACCUCGAUGCCAGUACUUGGGCACUUGGGCUACUGACUGUUAGAGGUUUGGCUUUUACUAAACAGUAAAAAGUGCAGAAAGGGAAGAGAAACUCCUCCUUCUCUUCAGCCAUCGAUAAAAUACAGUCUUCAGCACAUGAGUGUAGAGCUGUGUGAAGGGAGCAGCAGUGCUCACUGAAGCUCAAAUCAUACUGGAAUUAACAUGGACCUGAGGACCAGGAUGCUGAGACCUCACCUCACUUUAAUGCUGGUAGUCAUUAUACUUGGAAAUUCCUGGUUGGCUGAUGGCGUGAACAUAAGACUUGUUAAUGGAACUGGUUUCUGCUCUGGUAGAGUGGAGGUUUAUUAUAAUGGCGAAUGGGGAACAGUGUGUGAUGAUUACUGGGACAUGAAUGAUGCUGCAGUGGUGUGCAGACAGAUGGGAUGUGGAGAAGCUCUCAGUGCCCACGACAGUGCUCAUUUUGGUGGAGGAAGUGGCCCGAUACAUUUAGAUGAUGUUGCUUGUUCUGGAAGUGAAAACUCCAUUACAGGCUGCCAUCGUGCAUCAUCACACAACUGUAAUCAUGGUGAAGAUGCUGGGGUUACUUGUAGAGAUGUCCUAAUCCCUGCGCUCACCCUGAUCUCAUCGCACUCUGUCGUCUCACCUGGGGAGUCUGUUCAGUUCAAAUGUACUUUUCCCCUUUACUACACGACGUUAAACUACCAUUUAUAUAAAAAUGGAUUAUUAAUAAAAAACCAAACAGCUACAUAUUCAACAACAUUUAGAUUGACUGUGGAUGCAUCACAUCAGGGCCAGUACAGCUGUGACUGUUCAUACACAAGCAUCUUCUCCACCUCAUCCAGGAGCAGCACUGUUGGCAUCACUAUCGGUAAGAGCACAAAUUAUGAUUUUAUAAUAAGCAGAAGUAAGCUAAGUUCUAAAUAAAAAUACACUAUAUGGGUGUAUAUGUAUAUAUUAGUACACCUGCUCACUUAUUGUUUCCUCUGAAAUUAAGGGUAUUAUAAUGAGUUUAUUCUGUUUUGUUGGAGUAAGUGUCCAGAGAAGGCCUUCUACAAAACCUACAAAAAGUUUAACCUUUUUCAAUGUGCAAUUUUUUUUGUAUUAAAACUAUGGACAUUUCAAUUUCAAA